AUGACUGUUCCACCAGGCUUCGUCUGGAUCGCCCAGAACGCUCCUCGGUUCUUGCUACCCCCCACUUUAACAUAUGCAGCCCUCCACAUCCUUAGCCAGCAACAUCGGCUCGCGCUCCCUCACUGGCUGGAUGUUGUUGCCUGUGCACUCUCACUCCCAGGCGCAUUCGUGAUCGCCGUGCUGUACACAAAAUUCCGUGACACACGCGCAGCGGCUGCCAGGGGCGCCGUAUUAGCCCCUAUGGUACCGUCGAGGCUCCCGGGCUCAAUCGAUAAAGUUACACAACUUGCGCGCAACUUCGAGGUCGGAUACAUCAGCGAUGUUCAGAGGAGGGACGCCGAAACCGUCGGGAACACGAUGAGCACGCCAGUUCUCUGGCAAAAUAGGAUUCAAACGUCCGAACCCGAAUACGUCAAGGCCAUCCUUGCUACUCAGUUUAAGUCGUUCGAGAAAGGUCCCGUGUUAUUCGAACAGUUCAAGAGUUUGUUUGGGAUUGGCGUUUUCAACUCAGACGGUGACAUGUGGAAAUUCCAUCGGACCAUGACUCGCCCGUUCUUUAACAAAGAUCGGAUCAGCCACUUUGACGCCGUUGACAGACAUGCCGAGGACGCCCUUGGGCAGACCAAAGCACGGUUAAGGGAGGGCCUGCCAAUCGACUUCCAAGAUAUGGUCCACCGCUUCACGCUCGAUUCCGCAACCGAGUUCCUCUUCGGCAAGGACGUUCGAUCCCUUUCUGCGGGUCUUAUCUACCCACCCAACUCCCCGCUCGCAGUGACCUCUACUGCUAAGAAUCAUCCGGCGAAUGUCUUCGCGGACGCUUUCAUGGAGAGCCAGAUUGCGACGGGUCAGCGCUUUUUCUGGGCGGGCGCCUGGCGCCUGCGCGAGUUUUGGACCGACAAAGUUGCACAGAAGUCCGCAAUCGUAAACCAGUUCUUCGAGCCCGUCGUGGAAGCGGCGCUGGAGAGAAAGCGUGAGAGGCAGGCAAAGGGGCUUGAUCAGGGUCAGGACAAGGCGGAAGUUGACGAAGAGGACACGCUGCUCGACCAUCUCGUCAAAGUCACCGACGACAAGAAGCUGAUUCGCGACGAGCUGUUCAACAUCAUGCUCGCAGGCAGAGAUACGACAGCAUGCACUUUGACCAUGUCCGUGUACAUGUUGUCCCAGCAUCCUGACAUUUUGCGCCGUCUCCGUGAAGAAGUAUUGACGAAAGUUGGACCUUCAAGCCGACCCACUACCGAAAGUAUACGCGACAUGAAAUACAUGCGUGCCUUCAUCAAUGAGGUUCUCCGUCUUUACCCACCUGUCCCCAAUAACUCUAGGGCAACCGGAAGCAAAGGCACAGUUUUGCCUGGUAUCAACGGACAGCCUCCUAUCUAUGUCCCUCCCAACACCACCGCUGGAUAUUCCGUAUUCCUCAUGCAACGCCGCAAGGACUUCUGGGGCCCUGACGCCGAGCUUUUUGACCCUGACCGCUUCAUCGAUGAACGUCUCCGCAAGUACCUCACGCCCAACCCCUUCAUUUUCACGCCCUUCAACGCUGGCCCGCGUAUCUGCCUUGGUCAACAGUUCGCCUACAACGAGACGUCGUACUUCCUUGUCAAGCUCCUCCAGGCGUUCUCGACCAUCGAGCUCGCAGGCGACGUUCAACCGAAGCCGCCCGCCGAGUGGUCCGAAGCCAAAGGACGUCAGGCGAUGGAGAAGGUCAUGAUCAAGAUCCACUUGACGAUGUACAUCCAUGGCGGACUUUGGGUGAGAAUGGGUGAGGCUAAGGAUGUUGAAGAGGCUUAG